AUGGACCUGCGCCUCUGGCCAUGCUACAAAUUGGAAUAUAUUUUCAACAAUGUGUUCUGGUCAUUUAAACCAGCAAUUGAUGGUUUUGUGCAUUGCCGUCCGGUAAUUUCCAUAGAUGGUACUCAUGUCUAUGGAAAGUAUGACACUAAGCUUUUGAUCGCAGUUGCAGCAGAUGCCAACGGACAAAUAUUUCCACUAGCUUUUUCCAUUUGUGCUAAUGAAAUCGAAGAGGCGUGGACGGAACCCUAUGCAUACGACUGUUACUGUAUGAGGAACCUGAAGGCCAAUUUCCAGAAGAAAUAUCACGACAAGGCCUUACAUGAUUUAAUGUAG